UCUAUAGGCUUCUGUCUUGUAUUUUGUGGAGGAGAUGGAACUACCUUUUUUAUAUUGUUAAUCUUUACAAGAACAGCGGCAACAACUAGGAUAUUAGUUGUAGUUAAUAUGAAACUGAUGACGCCGCCUAAUAGAGCCGUAAUCAGACCACUGCUGUGUUCUAUAAUAUUUUAUUCAUUAUGCGAUCAGUAGGUCUAUCUAACAACAAAGAUUAAAGUGAUCAGAUCUGGUCACUAAAAGUUGUCCAUAAACGGCGACCACAUCAUAAUGGAGCAGCUCUCUGUCAUCUUCUCCGGUUUGUCCCUUAGCUUUUCUUUUGCCAACGACGCAAGAUCCUACUUUUCUACUUUGUCGCCGAAGAUCAUCAAAAGAUAGAUGAUUGCGAAAUGAUAGUGUCAUCUAUAUGUAUAACAACAUUACAACAUCAAAUUAAAUAAGCAAAAAGCCAAUGAUUGUCUAAAGGGCAGUGGGGGAGGCAGGAUUUGAAACUAUCCCUAUCCUCUUUCGUAUUAUAAAUAUAAAAAUAUUUAAUUAAUAUAAUUAAAUUAAUAAUAUCUAAAAAUUAUUUUCGCUUAUAAAAAAUAUCUACUAUUACAAUCGGUAUUUUCAUAAACAACCAUGAUGAGUUUUCAUAUUCGGAAGAAACACACAAUACAUUCUUUGUCUACACACUUAAGUAAGUCAUUUUCAAUGGAUCUCACUAAACAACCAUUAGCAAACUGGUCAUGAGUUCGACUUCAAAGUUCGUUCUUCAGAUAGCUCAAAACUGAAAAUAUCUUAUCGUCACUUGCCGUCAAAACUAGUGGAAUCGGCGCUGCCACUGGACUGCUUCAAGAUUGCUUGCAAAUAAUCGAAUAGGCAUAUAAAGAAAAGAGAUCUAUUCCAAUAGAGACUUCGUUUAUUGUAUAACAAUUAAUUCAUUGUCAAUUUAUGAUAAAUAAUGAGUUGUGAUAUAGUAACGAAGUACAAUGGUGUUGUGUUCCAUCCUUCGUAUAGACAUAUAUGAAGUAUUUUUGUUCCUCUCAAAAUUUACCCCUGUCCCGGGACAAUGCCCAAUAGGGCUACCUCCGCCACUGCUAAAGGGUGCCUUUAGUAGUCGGCCGAUGAUUAAGCUUGAAGCGCCCGGUCCUACAACCUAUUUGAUGAAGUAGUAAGAUAUGCAGAUUAAAUCGAGAUUUGACCUCAAUAUUGUUAGUGAGUGGUAUAAGAUUCAUUAUUGAACCUCUUCCAACAAUUCGAGUUAUUGGGAGAAACUGGUUCUUAACAUGGUAUCAGAGCCUGUUGUGGCCGGGGCCCGGGAGAUCUUGUGUUCGAAUCUCGGUGACCCCAUUUGUGAAGCACAUGUAUUCAUGUUCAGGACAUGUGCAAACGAAAGCCCUUAUGGGCUGACUGGCUUUCGUUUGAGGGGGUGUGUUAGUGAGUGGUAUAAGAUCCAUUAUUGAACCUCUUCCAACAACUCGAAUUAUUGGGAGCACGAAUAUAAAUCUUACUAGUGUUCAUGCAGAUGGACUCAGACCAGAACAACACUCCGUCACUAACAUUUCCCUAUGUACAAAUAUUCUGAAGUGACUAUGCACAUAGAUGAUUUUUUUUCUAUGAAAUUGUUGUAGAUGAUUGUUGACUAUGCAUACAGGCUGUAUUUUGGCUGGUGGUGCCAAGAUUGAUCAGAGAUGAGCAGAUCAAGCUGAUAAUGACAAUAAUGCUCCUCAUCUUCCUGUUCCAAUUCCUGCCCAAAGUAUACCACAGCCUCACCCUGAUGAGGAGAAUGCAGAAGGUCACCGGCUACAUCUUCGGCACCAUCUGGUGGGGUUUCGGCCUCAACCUCAUCGCCUACUUCAUCGCCUCCCACGUCGCCGGCGGGUGCUGGUAUGUCCUCGCCAUCCAGCGCGCCGCCUCCUGCAUAAAGCAGCAGUGCAACUUGUCCUCCAACUGCGACCUCUCCCUGUCUUGCUCCGAAGAGCUCUGUUUCCGCCUUGUCUUGCCCGAUGCAUUGGCGGCCGGAAGCGGCUCUUGCGGUGGUUACAAUAACUCGAGUAGUACUAAUAGGACUCCAAUGUGCUUGGACAUGGAUGGCAGUUUCAAGUAUGGGAUCUAUAAGUGGGCUCUCCCUGUCAUUUCCAGUGAUUCCUUGGCUGUCAAGAUUCUUUACCCCAUUUUCUGGGGCUUAAUGACCCUCAGCACCUUUGGGAAUGAUCUUGAGCCAACCAGUAACUGGUUGGAAGUGAUGUUCAGCAUAUGCCUAGUACUUAGUGGGUUGAUGCUCUUCACUUUGUUGAUUGGUAACAUUCAGGUGUUCUUGCACGCGGUGAUGGCGACGAAGAGAAAGAUGCAGCUGAGGUGCAGAGACAUGGAGUGGUGGAUGAGAAGAAGGCAGCUGCCUUCCCGCUUGAGGCAGAGAGUUCGGCACUACGAGCGCCAGAGGUGGACGACCAUGGGAGGUGAGGAUGAGAUGGAAAUGAUCAAAGACUUGCCCGAAGGGCUACGGCGGGACAUCAAACGAUACCUCUGCCUCGACCUCAUCAAGAAGGUGCCGUUGUUUCAUAACUUGGACGAUUUGAUUCUUGACAACAUAUGUGACAGGGUCAAGCCUAUCGUGUUCUCCAAGGACGAGAAGAUAAUUAGAGAAGGUGAUCCGGUACCAAGAAUGGUGUUCUUAGUCCGGGGAAAGAUAAAAAGCUCGCAGAAGCUAAGCAAGGGAGUUGUAGCAACUAACAUGCUCGAAGCUGGAGGCUUCCUUGGCGACGAACUUUUGUCAUGGUGCCUACGCCGGCCAUUCAACGAACGGCUUCCGGCUUCGUCGGCGACGUUUGUGUGUCUGGAAGCCGCGGAGGCAUUUGCUCUCGACGCCAACCACUUGAAGUACAUUACCGAUCAUUUCCGGUACAAGUUUGCGAACGAGAGGCUGAAGAGGACGGCGAGGUAUUACUCUUCGAAUUGGAGGACGUGGGCGGCCGUGAACAUUCAGUUUGCAUGGCGGCGGUACAGGCGGAGGACCAAAGGUGGCGGUGGUGCUGGUCCGAUGAACCCUGUGGUGGAGAGUGGUGGGGAUGUGGAAAAUAAGUUGUUAAGGUAUGCCGCCAUGUUCAUGUCGAUCAGACCACAUGACCACCUUGAAUGAAUGAAAUCAGAUAAAUGGGUGAAUUAGAGUGC